AUGCGGCAGUUCCUGGUGAGCCUCCUCCGCAGCUUGGACGUGGGGCCCAACGCCACGCGCGUCGGCGUGAUCCAGUAUUCGAGUCAAGUGCAGAGCGUCUUCCCGCUCGGAACCUUCUCACGCCGCGAGGAUAUGGAGCGCGCCAUCCGCACUCUAGUGCCACUGGCGCAGGGCACCAUGACCGGGCUGGCAAUCCAGUACGCUAUGAACGUGGCCUUCAGUGUGGCCGAGGGCGCGCGCCCGCCGGAGGCACGCGUGCCGCGCGUCGCUGUAAUCGUGACCGACGGGCGACCCCAGGAUCGCGUGGCCGAAGUGGCGGCGCAGGCGCGCGCCCGCGGCAUCGAGAUCUACGCCGUGGGGGUUCAGCGCGCUGACGUGGCCUCCCUGCGCGCCAUGGCGUCCCCCCCGCUGGACGAGCACGUCUUCCUCGUCGAGUCCUUCGACCGUAUCCAGGAAUUUGGCCUUCAGUUCCAGCGCCGGCUGUGUCGAAAGGACCUGUGUGCUGAGGGGGGACACGGCUGCCAGCACCAAUGUGUCAGCUCCCCCGGCACGUUCCACUGUGCCUGCAACCCCGGCUACCGGCUAGCAGCAGAUGACAAGAGCUGUUUGGCCCUCGACCUGUGCACUGAAGGGACCCAUGGCUGUGAGCAUCACUGCGUCAGCUCCCCGGGCUUCUAUUUCUGUCGCUGCCGAGCUGGCUUUGUACUCCAGCAGGACCAGAGGAGCUGCAGGGCCAUUGACCACUGCAGCUUUGGGAACCACAGCUGCCAGCAUGAGUGUGUUAGCACCUUUGGUGGGCCACGGUGCCGCUGCAGAGGGGGCUACAACUUGCUGCCCGACGGCAGGAGCUGUCAGGCCCAGGACCUUUGCAAUGGCGUAGACCAUGGAUGCGAGUUCCAGUGCGUGAGUGAGGGCUUCUCCUACCGCUGCCUGUGCCCUGAGCGGUGGCAGCUCCAGGCAGAUGGCAAGAGCUGCAGCCGGUGCCAGGAAGGCCACGUGGACCUGGUUCUGCUCGUCGAUGGCUCCAAGAGCGUGCGUCCGCAGAACUUCGAGCUGGUGAAGCGCUUCGUGAACCAGAUCGUGGACUUCCUGGACGUGUCCCCGGAAGGCACGCGCGUGGGGCUGGUGCAGUUCUCCAGCCGCGUGCGCACCGAGUUCCCACUGGGCCGCUACGGCACGGCGGCCGAGGUGAAGCAGGCGGUCCUGGCUGUGGAGUAUAUGGAGCGCGGCACCAUGACCGGGCUUGCGCUGCGCCACAUGGUGGAGCACAGCUUUUCAGAGGCGCAGGGCGCGCGGCCCCGGGCGCUCAACGUGCCCCGCGUGGGCCUGGUCUUCACCGACGGCCGCUCCCAGGAUGACGUCUCGGUGUGGGCGGCGCGCGCCAAGGAGGAAGGCAUCGUCAUGUACGCCGUGGGCGUAGGCAAGGCGGUGGAGGAGGAGCUGCGAGAGAUCGCCUCGGAGCCAGCGGAGCUGCACGUGUCCUACUCCCCCGACUUCAGCACCAUGACGCACCUGCUGGAGAACCUCAAAGGCAGCAUCUGCCCGGGCACGCCCAACUCAGCAUUGGUGAGGGGAGCCACAUCAUAAGCCCUUUACCUUGUUGGAAUUAAACUUUACAGACCUGGCAAAGCGGCAGGACUGGGUGUGUUUCAGGUACACAAAGAUGUGUAUUAAGUAUAUAUAUUUAAUAUAUAUUUAUUUCCUUGAUUUCCCCAUCUGCAAAGUUAGGAGCCUUUCUGGACCUGUUAUCAAUACCAUUGAUAAACAUGACAUACAGACUAAGAUAUAACUUUUAAAUCAUAACAGCAACUCUGUAUUGAAGGCCAAGUGCCAGGCAUUGUACUGUAAUAUUAAAAAUGGCACACGUUUACAGAAUUCAGUGAAUCUAAGAUACCAUCCCUUGUAAGAUUCAUUAUUUUCUAUACUGCUAAGAAAAAAAGGAUGCCAAAUUUAAUUGUAAGGCAACUAUUUGGAUUUCAGAGAUGUUGAAAUGUAUGAGGAAAUAGACUUGGAUCAGUGGGUCUUUUAAAAAAAUAUUUAUUUAUUUUAUUUUUUAUUUUUGGCUGCGUGGGGCUCAUGGGAUCUUAUGUUGCAGCGCACAGGCUCUGUAGUUGUGGCACACGGGCUUAUUCCCCCCCUGCCCUGCAACAUGUGGGAUCUUAGUUCCCCCACCAGGGAUCUAACCCCAUGUCCCCUGCAUUGGAAGGGGGAUUCUUAACCACUGGAGCACCAGGGAAGUCCCCUGGAUCAGUGGUUCUUAAACAUUAGUGUGAAUCAGACUCACCUGGAAGGUUUGUUAAAACACAAAUUGUUGGCUCCAACCCCAGAGUUUCUGACUCAGUAGGUCUGGGGUGGAAUCUGAUCAUUUGCAUUUCUAAUAACUUCCUAGGCGUUGCUGAUGCUUCCGGUUCAGGGACCACACUUGGAGAACCAUUGGCCUAGUUGAAAUACCCUAUAAAGUGUUUCCUUGCAUCAGGAAAUGCUCUAGAUCUGCACCCUCCAAUAAGGUAGCCACUAGCUACAUACACCCAUUUAAAUUAAAUUACAUUAAAUUAAAUAAUUUAGUUCCUCAGGUGCACUAGCCACAUUUCAAGUUGAAUAACUGCCUGUGUCUUGUGGCUACCGCACUGGACAAGGCAGAUACAGAACAUUUCCUUCACUACAUAAAGUUUCAUUUGGACAGUGCUGCUGUGGACUCUUGCUACUCAAAGUGUGGUCCACAGACCAGCAGCAGCAUCACUUGGGAGUUUAUUAGAAAUGCAGUGUCUCAGCCCCUUCCCUGUUAAGAACAAGAAUCUAUAUUUUAACAAGAUCUGGUGAUUCCAAUGAGCAUCAAGGUUUGAGAAACCUUCUAAGAUGUGUACACACACGAAAAUCACUGAAUCCUGAGCACCGCCGGACGAAAAGGUGUUCUCAUUGUAUCCAUUUUUACAGGUAAGGAAACUAAGGCUUAGAAAGGUUGAGGGCGUUUUCCAAUAUCUCACAGCUACCUAGCUGGUACUCAUCCCAGGUCUGUCCAAAUCCCAAACCCGAACACUCAGCCGUAGGCCGGGUGGAGGGAUAUCGGAGAGCCUCAGCCAGGGCUGGUUGGUCCUCCUCCAGCUUCUCACUCCCCCACUCUCUGUGCCCGGCUGCCAGAGGAGGGCAUCAGCGCGGGGACAGAGCUUCGGAGCCCCUGCGAGUGCGAAAGUCUUGUGGAGUUCCAGGGCCGCACGCUGGGGGCGCUCGAGAGUCUGUCGC